AGUGCCGCACAUAUCGGCUAUAUAAAGCUUCUUGGUUUACGUGACAUUAACUUGUUUACUCUCGAGGGCUCUGCGUUUUUGAUAAAAUUAAGUUGGAUAUACUAGCUCAAAGAAUGUCAACAUUUUAUUAUUUUGCUUUCGGAAGUAACUUGUUGAAGGAACGUUUGCAGUUGGCAAAUCCAAGUGCCUCGUUCAUUAGCACAGCAAAACUACAGGGUCAUGCAAUAGCCUUCAACAGUAUCGGCAAGGACCCGCGGUCCAGUCGGUGGAAAGGAGGUGUAGCCACCAUUGUAGAGCACCUUGAACAGGAAGUAUGGGGCUGCGUAUGGAGACUGGACGCCGAACACAGGGAAUCACUCGAUAAGCAAGAGUUGUAUUACCGCGUUAAGGAUGUGGACGUGGUUGCCCCUGACAAUGCCAAGUUCACGUGCAUUACGUACUACCUGCCUGGCCACUACUUCGACUUGAAAGAGUUCGACCACCGACCUUCGCCAAUGUACCUUGAUGUGAUCAUUCGAGGGGCAAGACAAAACAGACUACCGGACACCUAUCUGCAAGCGCUAGAGACCAUCGAACACAACGGUCAUCUCGAUAAUGAGCUGGACAUUUAUGUCAGUAUUUUGAAACUGUUGCCAGACGAAAACCAGUCUGUUUUGUCUACCAUUGAAAUCGACGAUCCCAACCACCAUGCCAGCGUAUUGGACCACAAAGCGGCAGUGAGCUUAAAUGAGGAGUAUGACAACCAUUGGAUAAAUGUUUAUAUUACAGUUGACUGACGCAUGCAAAUAAUGUAAUGUCAUUAUGGUAUUAUAAAAACAUUUCGCAGGUGUACGUUUACAUGACGAACAACUUAAAACUUAUACGGUAUGUAAGUACUGCAACUGUAUCAAACUGUGUACAUAGUCAUUAUUAUUUAUUUCAUUUUCUGUGAUGUUGAAUUUGCCACGUUGAUGCGUUCGUCUUUGAACAAACUGUCUAAAAAAAUAGAAAAAAAGAGAUUAAACUAC